GUAACCUUCAGUGGAAAAUAUACUAUAUGUGAACAAUUUUUGUUAUUGUGCAAUAAUGAUACCAACAAUAUGUAAAUCAAAACCGCUUCACAAACCAUUCUUUUUAGGGUGUACUUAGUAAAUGUAGAAUGAUCUCUAGCUAGUUGUUUUAAUUAAAUAUCUAGUAAAUUGUAAAUACUACAAGAAUUUUUAGUUCUUUUAAUUUUAAUCUGUUCUCUUUUAAAUUAUUAAAAUUAUGGAUUAUUUGUGUAUAAGUUUAGUUUUAAUUACACUCAGUCUGAGUUUCUGUAAUUCCUUUCCUGAACAAGGGAAAUGGGAUUUUGUUUUGAAUGAGAAAACACAAGAUAAGACAUUGGUCAAAAGUUUAUUUAAAGGUUCCCAAAUUUUUAUACAAGUGUCGUGUGAAGAAAUAGAUAAUAAGGACAGUAAAAUCAAAGUAGUUUGGACCUUACGUGAAUCUACUUGUUGGCGAUAUUACCCAAGAUAUGAUCAGGAAUUUGAAGAAGAAAUUCUAAGCUCACUUGAUAAUAACACUGUUAUUACAAUUGCAUCUUCGAGUAAUGAUAAAUCAUACGCAUGCAGCAGCCUUAUUCCAUUGGAACAGAUUCAAAAUCAGCCAGAAACUACUAUUCAAACAAGAAAAGAUUUGCUUCCUGUAGAAGAUAGCAAAAUGCAAAAACUAAACGUUAUUCAUUCUGAUCCUAAGCGAGCAGUAUUCAAAGUAUCAAGAGACGGUUUCUACAUUCUCAAUGUUCAUGUAUCACCAGAAAGUGGCAGUAGUUUCAAACAAGCAAAAGUCCAUGUUGAAAUGAAAGGGACUUAUGGCUACUUAUCCGCUGCCAAUUGGCCCCUUUUGCCGUUUUACGGAGCCAUGUGCAUGCUGUACGUGACCAUGGGAGCUGUGUGGCUGACGGUUAGUUUCCUUCAAUGGCGCGACCUCCUGAGGAUCCAGUUCUGGAUAGGCGGUGUCAUCUUUCUCGGAAUGCUCGAAGUUGCCACCUUCUACGCUGAAUACUCUAAUUUUAAUUCUACCGGUCUCUCCAUAGAAUGGGUUGUCCUCACGGCGGAAAUAGUUUCUUGUGCCAAACGGACUCUUGCGAGGAUGUUAGUCAUCAUUGUCAGCCUUGGUUUCGGUAUAGUUAAGCCAAGACUGGGGCCGAUGCUGCACCGAGUCGUAUGCGUCGGUAUGCUCUAUUUCGUCCUGGCUGUGUCGGAGUCAUAUACAAGAGUCGUGCAACCCAAAAAAGAGCCUGCGAAUCAGUUUGUGAUCGCAACUGUUCCGUUAGCGGUCCUCGACUCAGCUAUCUCUUGGUGGAUCUUCAUCAGCCUGGCCCAGACCACUCGGACGCUAAGAUUAAGGAGGAAUCUUGUGAAAUUAACACUUUAUCGGCAUUUCACCAACAUCCUGAUUUUCGCUGUUGUGGCGUCAGUGAUGUUUAUGCUGUAUUCUAUUAAAGCUCACAGCCUAACAGUCUGUUUUAAGGAUUGGAAGGAAUUGUGGAUAGAUGAUGCAUACUGGCGCCUACUUUUCUCUAUUAUUCUUAUUGUAAUUAUGUUUUUGUGGAGGCCAACCAAUAAUAAUCAAAGGUAUGCAUUUUCUCCUCUUUUGGAUGCACCUGAGGAUGAUGAUGAUGACGAUGAAGAGGAACAGUUUGUUAAUGAUGCCUAUGGAGUUAAAAUGAGAGCUCAAGGGACUGGGUCUUCAUCACCAAAACCAAAAUCAAGUCCCAACAAUCCUGAUGAAGAUCUAAAAUGGGUCGAAGAAAACAUUCCAGCUUCACUUGUGGAUACGACACUGCCAAUAUUAGACUCGGAUGAGGAAAUAAUGACUACCAAAUUCGAACUUUCGAAAAUGCAGUGACUUCCUGUUACCUCUAGUCUACCACUUUUAAUAAGAGCUUACAGAUAUAUUUAUAUAUAUUUAUUUUUGUUUUUAUAAGUGUAAGAUGUGUUUUAUUUGUGUGUACUUAUUAAAAAUGUUUAGUAUUUCAUCAGUUUCACACAUUAAAUCAUAAUUAUUUGAUGUUCAUUAUUUAAAUGAGUGCCAAAAUUUAGUUGUUGGUUUUUUUUUUUCAAUUGUACUGUAUCAUUGUUGUUUUUAAAAUCUUAGGUCAUGUUCUAUAUUUGUGUUUUGGUGAUUAAAAAAAAAAUAAAACAAAAGCAUUAAUGUUAUUGUAUUAAAACUAGGAGGUAUGAUUGGUGGAAAAAUGUACUAUAUAAUAAUAAUUUAUCAGUAUUUUAUUUUAUAGUAUCAAUAAAAGAUUUUUUCAUUA